AUGGCUGGCCCCGGGCUGCGCUUUGCAGGAGGGAGCGCCCUGCGCUGUGAGCACCGCUCCAGCCGUGUGCGGCGCGCAGCAGAGGACACGAUGGGCGAGCUCUUCACGAAGUACUAUCGACUGCAGGAAGUGAACCGCAACCUGGAGGCCAAGCAGACCAAAGUCGCAGUGGUCUCUGAGCUUCUCGAGGUCUUGGAUGACCUUGAGCGUGGCGCCAGCCAGGACAUUAUGAUACGUAGGGGUCUAGGAAGAAAGUUUGUUGGGCAAUGGGCGCGCCCUCCCUCCUGA